UGUGCAUUCAAUAAUAAUUAUUAUUUAUCAUGAAUACUAUUAUUUUCUUAUUCAAUUCUUUAUCUGUUAAUUGUUUCAGCACAAUCACUCCUCUUCCUCUAAAAGUCCCCUUUCCUCCUUCCUCCUUUUACAAAUUGACUAUAAUGCGAUGAUAUGAAAGUGUUCUGUAUAGUCUGCACUCCUUUCCUCUUACUACAUUCUGCGUCAAUGGAGUAUGCAACUUGCAUGAGCUCCAUCUGUCACUGAAGUAUAGUUAUACUGAUGCUAUCAGUUAUUUAAAGGGCAACCAUUAUAUGCAAUACAGUCUUAGGUGUAAGAUUAUCAAUAGGACACAAGUGUGUGUGUGUGUGGUCUUGAGAAGUAGGAGGUUAUGGAGAUUAGGUUAUGCAAACAGUAAGAGGUGCAAGGGGAGGAUGCACACUCCAUUAUCAUACAACUUAAGUAAACUUUCCUCCUCUUUUUGCUUCGUUAGCUCUGGAAUUUAAUAAACUACGAUAUAACUAGAAGGUAUCAGUAUAGAGUCUCCAUUAUUUGUAGUACAGAGCUUCAAUCGUCUGUUUGUCAAUUGUGAAUUGUCUUUAUCUGUAGCACAGAGCUUCAGUUAUCUGUAGCUAAGAGAUGAGGACCUUCAACAGUGUUAUUCUCCUACUCUUCAUUGCAGGAACUUCUGUUAAUGGUUACAUACAGCAUUAUGGUGUUGAUUUUUUAAAUGUUACAGUCCACGUGAAAUUCUCAGGAGCUUGCGAUGUUGCAAGCGACUUUACAACGACUGUAGCAAAUGCCCCACGAGGCAGUUCAAUAUUAAACAUUUUGGAGCGUGCCAACACUCAACCUCCUUUUUCUACCUUUGAGGUGUUGUAUGGCGUCCAUAACACAAGCUACAUUUUAGUUAGCAUUAAUGGGAAAAUAAAUAAUGUAUCGUGCAAUUGGUACGUGUCCACAGAUCCAGUGACGUCCAGUGAAACUGGGUUCUUUCCGUUGAGCGACGUCCUGGUGACUAACAUGGGAAUGGAAGUUACUUUCGACUACAAAGCUAGCAGCGAAGAAAAAGUAUUGCCACGAACAACUUCUGUGAAAAAUGCCAAUAAUCAAGUGCCCUCUUCUGAUAUUGGUCAUAUUGAUUACAAUCUUCAAGGCACUUCACCUUGCUCUAUUGAGAGAGUUAGUUUUCCAAGCACUCCAUUGGAAUUGUCCUUCAGAUAUGGCGAGUCGGCACUCAACGUUGUAGAAACUGCUAUGAACAUUGAACCAGAAUAUAACGUAGUCCUUCAAAAUUUCUUUGGAAUUCAUUACAUCGUCAAAUCGUUUGGGAGUCAUAGCGUACCCGGUUGCCAGUGGUGUCCGUACUUCACUCCACCUGGUGGAUCCCAGUAUCCACUUACAGCAACCAUUAGCAACUUCAUAAUUCCAUUGACUGGCGGUACUUUGAUCUAUAGCUACGAGCAAUCAUGUGGAAGCAGUGCUACUGCAGAUCUUCACAGCAUCAUGGAUCAAUACAAUGGAGCUAAUGGGCAUUGCUAUGAAGGAGGUUGCGAUUCGCAAUGAACAUGUCAUGACUGAUAACGUAGGAAUGACAUUUUAGUAGAAAACAUGUAGUUAGAUCUAUUAUUAUUAUUGUUAUUUUGCUGCUUAUUAACAUUUUCAAUACAUUUAGAUCCAAGCUAUACUAUUAUUGUCUAAAAUGAUAAUUAUUUUCCUUUGAUGUGUUCACAUGCUUUGUACAUGAACAUGAACUCUGAGAAUUCUAAAAAUUCAGCUAGUAAAUACAGACAGCUUUAUUUCAUUAGAUCAGUUUUCAUCUUUCAGACUUCUCCAGACUUCCUCCUUCAUAACCUAAUCAACAUACCUUCAAUAAUCCUUUCAACAAUGUGGUGCUAACUAGCUGCCACAUCAAACAGAAGACACUGCAUUGCCACUAUAGCCAGAGGUGCUGGAUAUCACACAAGCGCUUCCAUGGAGUCUUAUAUAAGAAAGAGAAGGUAGAUCUAAACUGGCAGACAGGAGCUAUAGUGAGACAAAAAUUCCUUGAAUCAGAAUAGUGAGUAGUCAUCAUGUUGCUGUUAGUACCACUAGUCCUCUUUAUUGUUGAAAUGAGCUUAUCACAUGCUUUCAUUCAUCAUUUUGGCAUUGAUGCUUUUGAUGUUAGUGUUCAUGUGGAGUAUGACUCAGCUUGCAGCACAAACAGCAACUUCAGCCAAAUUGUGAAUGUCCCAAGAGGAAGCAGUUUAUUAAAUGUCUUGGAGCACUCUAAUCAGCUCUAUCCAGUCUUCAACGGUUUCAAAGUUCUCUACAUUGCAAACUCAACCUAUUUACUGACCAGUAUCAAUAGUGACUCUGUCACUCCAUCUUGCCAUUGGACAGUUAAGACUGAUCCUCCAACCAUCAAUCCAUCCAUCACUGAUGAAAGAAUAUACAUAGUAACUGUUGAUGGUAUCACUAACCUCUCACCACUUGGUCUUAAUAAUGUGUACGUUACCAAUAUCGGCAUGACAGUGAAAUUUGUGCUUGAGACAGUCCCGGAUUAUCCUGAGAAGAAAGUCCAUAAACAAGAAUGGCUGAACAAACUCAAAGGAAUCAAUAUGACAGAUUUACAGCAGUCAGCACCAAACAUUAGUGUCCAGUAUGAGGUAACUGGAACUACUUCAAUAUGUCCCCUGCCCUCCUUUGCUGGUAGAAGAGAAAUACCUUCAACUCCAUUAACCCUCUCUAUACCAGCUGGGGCCUCCGCUCUUAAUGUGAUGGAAGCAGCUGUGAACUUGGAACCAGCUCAUAAUUUCAUUCUCAAGAACAUAUUUGGAAAGUACUACAUUGUUGAUAGCAUUGGAGGGUCUUCAACAUCCGGUUGCGUCUGGUGUGGGUACUUCACUCCAUUGGCUGGGCCACCAGCUGCUCCUUCUUACCUCCUUACUGCCGAUAUCAAUAAUUUCAUAAUCCCACUCUCGGGCGGAGCCCUCACCAUGCACUACGAUACAUCAUGCAGUGCUGCUUUGGAUCAUUUCAAAAGAGGCAUAUUGGAUUUUAAGAUCCCUCUACCACCUCACUACAACCCAUUCAUGGUCUUUAGGGAGGAGGAAGAGUUGAUGAAGAAGAAAGUAUCCGCCCAUUUUACUGACGAACUUUAAAAACUUUUUUAUGAUUGAUAAUAUUUUUGAGACUCAACUACAACUUCUAAUUUUGAACUAGCUACUCUAUUGUUCUUGCAUACACUUCUGUCCAUACAUGUUUAUUUUCUUAGUUAGUAAUUGUUUGAGUCAAAUACUAA